AUGUUAAUAUGUUUAAAAGAUUUGGUUUAUAAUGUUGAUGAAAUGUUAAAAAGUAAAGGUGAUAUUUUGAAUAUUGUUAAUCUUAUUCAGAUUUGUACAGUGGAUAUAAUUGGUGAAACAUCGUUUGGCAGAAAAUUUAACAGUAUCAAAGCUGGUGAACAUCCUUUACCUGGAAAAGUUUGGAAAGAAUUAAGGAGAAGACUGAUGUUUACUGAUUACUUAAUUAAAACUCGUCGAGAGGGAAUUAAUCAAAAAACCGAUAUUUUACAAAUUUUAUUAAAUACCUUUGAUAAUGAAACAGAACAGCCUAAAGAUAUGAAGGUGAAACUAAGUGAAAAUGGAAAUAGAAUGACAAACCUUGAGAUCUAUGAUCAGAUCGUAGAAUUUUUAAUUACAGGAACAGAUACUGUUUCAUUUACAACUGCAAUGACGCUUGUUCAACUUUCCAAAAAUUCACAAAAGCUAUUAUCUCUUGUUAAAGAGUUGGAUGAAGUUUUGAGUAUUGAUGAACUGCCUACUUAUAACAAAUUAAGGGACUUGAAGUAUUUGAAUGCUGUUAUUAAUAAAACUAUAAGAUUAUGGCCUGUUUUUUUGGUACAUACAAAACUUUAA